AUGGAAAAGUGCGUUUUCUCCUUUGGUCGCCGAAUUUUCUUCCAUUUUCUCUCCCUUUUCUCUAUUAAGGCCCAAUCUCUCGUCCCUGCGCGUUUAGCCAUCGAUGUUUGGGAGGGGUGUAUGUGUAAUGGCGACCGUCAAGAGACGUCACCGCCGCAACCGCUCGAACCUUUCCCAGUCCCGUUCCAGUAUUUCAGGAAAAUGGUUUCUUUCUUUCUUUCUUUCUUUCUUUCUUUCUUUCUUUCUUUCUUUCUUCCUCCCAUCUUACUUCAAACUUCAAUAUUUCCUGCUGUUUCAUACUUUUGUGUAUUGUACGUCUCGCUCUCUGUUACUCACACGCUCGCUCUAUUUACUCUCUCUCUCUCUCUAUAUAUAUAUAUAUAUAUUUCUCUCUUUAUCUCUCGUACUAUCUCUCUCGUUUUUUUUCUCUCUUUCUUUCUCUCUCUCUCUUUUUUCUCUCUCUCUAUUUCUCUCUCUUUUCUCGCUCUCUCACUUUCUCUCUUUCACUCUCUCUUUCUCGCUGUUUUUCUCACCCCCUCUUUCUUUCUCCCUCUUUCUCUCUCUUUCUUUCUCUUUCUUUUGUUUCUCUCUCUCUCUCUCUCUCUGUCACUUUCUCUAAUUCACAAUUUCUCUUUCUUUCUCUCUUCCUCUCUGUAUGUCUCUCUCUUUUCUCAUCCGUUCACUCUUUCUUUCUUUCUUUCUUUCUUUCUUCCAUUCAGAAUUUCCCAAUUUUUAUUCUUUCUUUCUUUUCUUUCCUUCUUUCUUACCUUUCUUUAUUUCUUUUUUUUUCUUUCUUUCUUUCUAGAUUUCGUUUUAUUUGUUUUCAUUUUCACUACGUCCUCUCUCUUCAUUUUUUCUUUCUUUCUGUCUUUUCUUUCUUUCUUUCUUUCUUUCUUUCUUUCUUUCUUUCGUUUCUUGCUUUCGUUUUAUUUUUUCUUCAUUUUUAAUUCUUCAUUUACAAAUUCCUUUUUCUUUCUUUUCCUUCUUUACUUCUUUCCUUUCUUUUUUUAUAUCUCGAUUCUCUUUUCAUUUUUACUUCUUUCUACCAUUUUUUUCUCAGCUUUUUCAAAACUUCAAGAUUCAACUUGCAAAUUUUCCUUCCUAUUUCUUUCUUUCUUUCUUCCUUUCUUUCUUUCUUUCUAG